AUGUGGUCUAACGAACUCGUCUUAAAAUUUAUUGAAGAUUAUCGUUCGUCAUGUUCUUGUUUGUGGGACGUAACGAGUCCGGACUUUAAAAACCGGGAAAAAAGAAAGGCGGCCCUGCGAUCUCUGGCUGCAAAGUACAAUGUUACAGAGUCAGAGGUAGAAAAGAAAAUUCAUAAUAUAAAAACAUCCUUCAACCGGGAACGAAAAAAGAAUGCAAGUGGGACCAGGAAGUCGGCAUGGUUUGCUUACAACUAUUUGCAGUUCCUAUUACCAUCGUAUGACUCAAAGGGCAGCCAAAUCACAGACAUGCACCUGGAGGAUAUGCAGAGUGAUGAAGACACCUUUUUGGACACUGGUGAUCAGGAGCAAGAAGAUGUAACAGAUGUGGAACAUGGGAACAACUACCCACUAUUUAAAACACCUAAGAAUCCUUAUAAACGAGUCCGAAUUAAUGAAGACUCUCCUGCACAACAAGCUGUUAAGUGCAUGUCUCUGUCGGAAAUUGUUUCUUUUAGAGAUGAGAAUUUGGCUUUUGCAGAAUAUGUUGCGAACAAAAUGAGAAAUUGCAACAGGCCUAGGGUAGAAAUUUCUGUGGCUCAACGCUAUAUUCAUGAUAUUUUAUUUCAAUUAGAAGUUGCAGUAGAAGCGUCAAAUUCUCAAAAGCCUGCAGCCGCUGCCACCACCUCGUUGCCGCCUAAUGCAGUAUCGUCACCAAAAAAGCCAUUUCGACGAGUGUCUCCCUCGUUUCGUUUUAAAUUCAAGUCUGGACCUAAACUAAGAUACGCAAAAUUUUUCAGCUUUCUGGCUUUUCAAUUUCAUCUGUUGGCGUUCUCACAGUCAAUUAGGAUGGAGUACCAUUCAUAUGUGGUGACGUUUUUAGCGCUAAUUUUUCACGUAAUCGCAGCGUUGGUCGUUGUUAGUUUCGAUGAAGAUGACUAUCGAGCUAGAAAGGAUAGAUUUCUCGUCUUUCCGGUUGGACUCAUGACCGUAGUGUUAUCGCUUAUGAGGCUGGUCGUUCAAGGCGGGAGUUGGAGUCACGGCAACACGUUCAUCCACUGUGCCUCAAUCUUUCAAUUUGUCGCUGUCGUCAUAUUUGUCAGAAUGUAA